GACGGGGGAGUCGGGUCGGGAAGUCCCGCUCCCUCCUCCCCACAGUGGAAACCUCGCGCCGCACGCCUCGGGCGCACUACUCCGCGCGCCGGCUCAGGAGCGCUCGAGAUAAGCGAGGAAGCCUCCUCCCCGGCAGGAUGGCUGUCCCGGCGCGGGAGAGGGGGCCCCGCUGAGGGUGGCCGUAGGACUUAAGGGGGCUUCGCGCAGGCACAAGGCCGGCCAGGCUCUGCACGCCCCCACCCCGGCUCUGGGGCUGGCCCAGGGAGGAGACCCUGCCCACUUCCCGCCUCUGCCCUAGAGGGGCACUCCUUCCACGCCUCAGAGUGCGGGGCCCAGGGCCCAGGCAGGCUGCCUGUGCCUCUCUGCAAGGGGAGGGUCUCUCCGUUGAGGGGGAAGGGCCUGCCAGCUGCAACUUCUUUCCUCCUGAGCUCCUCAUCUCUGUCGCUGCACCCUGCAACUCCCACCCCUCCGUAUUUAUUUUCCUGGCCCCCAGCCAGCCUCUCCGUCUCUUUCUCUGGGAUUCAGGCCUCCCUUCCUGACAUGGAGAGUAACCUGUCUGGCCUGGUGCCUGCUGCUGGGCUGGUGCCUGCGCUGCCUCCUGCUGUGACCCUGGGGCUGACUGCGGCCUACACCACUCUGUAUGCCCUGCUCUUCUUCUCGGUCUAUGCCCAGCUCUGGCUGGUGCUCCUAUAUGGACACAAGCGUCUCAGCUAUCAGACCGUGUUCCUGGCACUCUGUCUGCUCUGGGCUGCCUUGCGCACCACCCUCUUCUCCUUCUACUUCCGAGAUACCCCCCGAGCCAACCGUCUGGGACCCCUGCCCUUUUGGCUUCUCUACUGCUGCCCUGUCUGCCUGCAGUUCUUCACACUGACACUUAUGAACCUCUACUUUGCCCAGGUUGUGUUCAAGGCCAAGGCGAAGCGCCGGCCGGAGAUGAGCCGAGGCUUGCUGGCUGUCCGAGGGGCCUUCGUGGGGGCCUCGCUGCUCUUUCUGCUGGUGAAUGUGCUGUGUGCUGUGCUGUCUCGCCGGCGCCGGGCACAGCCCUGGGCCCUCCUGCUGGUGCGAGUCCUGGUGAGCGACUCCCUCUUUGUUAUCUGCGCCCUCUCUCUUGCUGCCUGCCUCUGCCUUGUUGCCCGGCGUGCACCCUCCACCAGCAUCUACCUGGAGGCCAAGGGAACCAGUGUGUGCCAGGCAGCUGCGAUGGGUGGUGCCAUGGUCCUGCUGUAUGCCAGCCGGGCCUGCUACAACCUGGCAGCCCUGGCCUUGGCCCCCCGGAGCCGGCUGGAUGCUUUCGAUUAUGACUGGUACAACGUCUCUGACCAGGCGGACCUGGUGAAUGAUUUGGGGAACAAAGGCUACCUGGUGUUUGGUCUCAUCCUCUUUGUGUGGGAGCUGCUGCCCACCACCCUGCUGGUGGGCUUUUUCCGGGUCCACCGGCCCCCACAGGACCUGAGCACCAGUCGCAUCCUCAAUGGGCAGGUCUUUGGUUCCCGUUCCUACUUCUUUGACCGGGCUGGGCAUUGUGAGGACGAGGGCUGCUCCUGGGAGCAUGGUCACAGCGAAAGCACCAGCAUGUCAGGCAGCCUAGGCUCUGGCAGCUGGUACGGCGCCAUCGGGCGGGAGCCAGGCUGGUGCGGGGGCAGCCAGACACGGACCACUCCGCUGCUCUUCUCCCAGGUGCUGGGACCAGGUGGCCACCACCACAGUCUCUACUCCACCCCACAGACGUGAUCCCCCUCCCUUCUCCCCUAGAACACCCAGAUCCCAGUCCUCCCAACCCAGGCCCCGUGCCAAGUUCACCUGCCGCUUCUUGCCCAGGAUCACGGGAGACUGUGGCCACCUCUUCCCCUGGCCGGCUCCUUGCUCCUCCUGUCGUAGUGAGCUUGUGCUAUCCCCACAAGGGAACAUGGCUCUGGCUGCCAGAUGCCCACAGCACCUUGGCAUGACCUGCCGCCUCUGCUUCUACACUGGAGCCAGCUACCUCUCCUGCACCUGCCACUCAAUAAACAGUGUCUGUACCCCUCA